AUGUCGUUUCGAGGGGGACGCGGUGGAUUCCGCGGAGGACGUGGUGGAGCUCGUGGCGGCGGCUUUGGUGGACGCAGUGGCGGUCGUGGCGGUUUUCGCGAACCCGAAGGCCCGCCCGCUUUCGUCGUUGAGCUGGGGUCGUUCAUGCACGCAUGCGAGAACGAGAUGGUGUACAAGAGCACAAACGACAAAGUGCCGUACUUUAACGCUGGCGCUUUCUUGGAAAACAAGACCCGUAUCGGCAAAGUGGACGAGAUCCUCGGGUCGAUCAACGAAGUCAUGUUCACAGUCAAGCCCGACACGGGCGUGUCCGCAACGUCGUUCCAGAAUGGAGACAAAGUGUUUAUUAGUCCAGACAAGCUGCUUCCAUUGAGUCGGUUCACUGAAAAGUCAGGGACUAAACCAGCCGGGGCUGGUCGCGGCGGUCGUGGAGGUGCUCGCGGUGGACGAGGCGGUGGUCGCAGUGCAGGUCGCGGUGGCUUCAGUGGUCGCGGUGGUGGCCGCGGAGGAUUCAGUGGACGAGGUGGUGGUUUCAGUGGACGGGGCGGUGGAUUCGGUGGACGUGGGGCCGGCCGUGGCGGCGGGCGAAGCUUUGGAGGUGGUCGGGGGCGCUACUAG